AUGUCCAAGAGGAAAGCCUCAGGCUCAGGCCUCAAGGCUUCUUUACACAACUAUAAACGUCCUCGUUACUGGUUGAGAGUGAAUAGAGAAACAGAUAUGGCCACCCACUCCAGCAACACACCUGACUACCAAGCUCCAAAUAUCAUAUUUGUGCCAUCUGAUACUAGCGAUGGCCAUCUUUCCACUAGCACGAAAGACAGGAGGAUGUGGUCAGAGGCAGAAGAAGCUACACUGAUUUCUUUUUUAAAAUCUCAUCGAUCUGAGGCUGGCGAUGGGCUCAAUUUCUCGAAGAAGUUCUGGACAAAGGCUGCUGUUAGCCCUGCGAAGGAGGCUGAGCACUGCGCUGGAAAAUGGGGGAGGCAGUCGGGCUUUCAUUGGGACGACAUUGGCGGUGCAGGUAUCACAGUGGAGAGUGAGACAGUAUGGGCUGAGUAUUUAAAGAAGAACCCUGGUGUCAAGAUUUUUUGCAACAAGGGCUGGACCCAUUUCUCAGCAAUGGACAAUCUUAUGUGUGGCCGUUUUGCCAAGGGAGCAAACAUUUUUCGCUCUGCCCCCCCUUCUGUACCUGUACCAAAUAGCCCUCCUGUGUCUAGCAUUACCCCAUCAUCAUCUACGUUUCCUCCCCCUGUAGCUAUUACCCCACAAAUGCCUAGGAGCAUUAAUACCAACAUGCAUUCCCAUGAUGCCAACAUUAACCUCUGGCUAGGGGGUGUACCAUCUCCCGAAUUAAUGCCCGCUCCCUCAACUUUAUCAUCAACUACCUCCCGCGGGUCUUCUAGUAGCAAACAAAAGGAGCGUGACGCAGAGUUGGAUGCCAAUGCAGAUGCAGAUGCCAUGUCGGUUGUCACUCACAGCAAGAGCACAGGCAUAACUGUGCAUAGCCGCAGCUCUAAAACCCCUUGUGUGGCUGCCAAUGCAAUGACCGCCACUGCUCUGACAGGGUUGAAUGAUACGCUGGGUCAGAUCGUGCCCAUCAUGAAGGGAAUCACGGACACGAUCCGAAAUGAAUUUGACACCCCUUUAACAAAGCAGGGCAGUUCUUCUGCCGUCAUACCAUCAUCCGUGCCAGGGACAUCCACCAUCACUCCUUCCUCUUUCAUCUCCCACUACAACUUCGAUAUUGCUAAACAGCCAUCCCAUAUACAGAGGGGUAUUGCCAUACAAGCACUGCAAGAGCUCGAUCAUGAGCUUGGGAUUCCCAAGCAAGUCGAACUACUGCAUAUAUUUGAGCGUGAAAUUGGGGUGGUGGAUAUGUACUUGAAUAUGUUGCAUGCAACAGAUUUGCGUAGGGUGUGGAUCAGUUCUUUCACAAAGGUCUGA